AUGUCCUCGACCAAAUCUCUCCUCGCUGUGUCGCUCUACGGAGCUAUCAUAGCCAGUGCAUUCUACACUAUUGUCACACACCUCGAACAAUCCGGCGGCGCAGCCCUCCUCGAAGCCGGAUGCCCACCACAACAUCUCGCCCAAUUCUCUAAAACCUAUGGCACCGGCAUCAAAGCAAUCGACAACUUUCUAUGCGGUGCAGAUGUCUUCUUCACUGUCGCUUUAGAAGAGGGUGGACCAGUCGAGACGUUGACGAGGUUGUUCACCCUCAAUGGCGCGGUCAUGAGCUUUGUGCUGCUCCUCGAAGCCAGUAGAAGCGACAAACCGUACGCUGCGUUUGUGUCCGUCGUAUUCGGAUUGGCGAUGCAGGUCAUCACAGCCGCCAUCUCCUUUUCUACGUUUUGGAUGUUGUUCGUCGCACAGGCGUAUUGGUCUACGACGAGGAGUGGUAAGAAACCCUUGAAGAGGGUCGACGUCGAGGCGGCACUACUUGCGACGCUGGGCGGGUAUAUGAUCCCAACAGCGUGGAUGCUAUUGACAAAGUCCACAUGGGCAAUUGUUGUAUGGCAGCCAUUCCCGGUGUACAUGUCCAUCAUUCAGCAGGGUUGGACAUUCUAUCGCGCCAAGGCCUCUCCUCGUAAUGAGGAACAGCUGGGCUCAGGAUGGGAUCUAUUGCAGCUUUCCCUCCUCUUGUUCUCCGGUAUCGGCACCAUUAGCUGGAUAUACAUACUCCUUCCCUAUGUCACCGAAGCCUCUUCUCUCAGCUCUAUCCUCCUCGACUUGUGGAAUUGGCUGCCUACGUGGGACGUUCCUUCACCCUCGGCGACGACAAUCCAAAGCGCUGCGCUGCAUCUUUUGCAGUAUGAUGCAUUAUGGGCGUUUGGGUCAACGAUUCUAGCCUCCAUCCUCCUGACGGAUGAUAUAAAAGAUGUGCUAUUCGCCGUGCAGACGCUUCCGGUCCUCGUCGUCUUAUUCGGUCCAGGCUCGGUUAUAGGAGGAUUAUGGAUGUUUAGGGAAAUGAGGAUCCUCAUUGAAGAGCAGGAGAGGGCGGUCAAGAAGGCCAAGUAA